AUGGACCAGCCAGCCAUGUCGUGGCCGGAGCAACUCCAUGAGAAUACGCUCAUGGCCGCGCCCGAGGAUGAGUUUUCCAACUUCCUCGAGUUCAAUAUGCCGUUUCCCGACAUCGAAGGGCACGGACCAGUCAAUCUGCAACAUUCCCAGCAACAUUCCCUACCAACGACGUCGGCUCCUUCUGAGAUGGCCUACUCGCAGUCGCAUGCCGUGCAGUACCCCGGCAAAAUGGAGGGCAUGGCCAUGGAUUUCAGCCAUGAUCCCCAGGCGCAUUCGCACGUCAACCAGAUGGCGUACUCGGCCCCUGGGAUGACACCGGGCUUCUGCGCGCAAGAACCCUCACCCAUGUCGCAACCCACGCAUCAACAUUACAUGCAGGGCCAGACGAUGAUUCCUCCAACCCCGAACAGCAUUGAAAUGCAUGGAAAUGCUGCCCGCUAUUCGCAGCGCGUGGACGGGACCCCCGAGAUCUAUGAUAGAUAUGGGCGCAUUAAUGAAGAGCAGGCUCUUUACACCCCGCUCGUAUCUCCAGCCAUGACUCCGCUGGAAAACCAAUUUCGACUUCCCGAAUACACGAUUCCCGGCGAAUACUUUACACCGCUCACAUCUCCUGCUCUGGAGGCUCAAAAUGCCGAAUCCAACAGCUACCAAUUCCAUGCCAGACAAGUGUCGGAUGUGGGCUUCGUUCCUACGACCGCAGAAGUGAACCAGCUCCCUGAGACAUCAGCUCCUGGCUCUCCCAGCAUCAUUCGCAAGCCCAAUAACCGCCGACGCCCAUCAACGACCACUACCCGGCUGAACAAUGCACGGAAGGUCAAGCAGUCGCCCAACAUCCUGGCGCAACGCAAACGCAGCACAUUAGCGACAAAUUCAGAGGAGUUUUACAACAGCCUAACCCAGGAAUUAAAUUCCACGAAGCCGCAGAACCAGGAUAUCCGUUCUCUACAGAUUAGCAGCAAUGAAGGCUCUGGUCAAGAUUCGGUUUCCCCCGAACCAUUAUCAGAACCAUUGAUGCCACCCCCUGCUCUCCCUCCUCCUCGGAUGUCUCCCGCCAUUGCUCCCCAUGUUCCUUCGCCUGGCCUCGCUGCGACCCCUUCGCUUCUGAUGCGCCUCCAGAGGAACUCGCAUGCGCAGAGCACGUCGGGCUCUUUCGGUCAAGCCCAGCUUGCCGAGUCCGAUGUUCCAGAUGAGAUGAUGGAAGAUAUUUCUCUGCCAGAGGCGGCCACAUCUACUCAGCUGCGUCCGAAGAUCAACCGGAUUGAGACUGCCAUACGAACUCCCUCUUUAUCCACCAAUGGAACGCCAGCCUUGGAACCUCUGUCUGCUUCGCUUGCUCCCAGUCCCUGUACGACUGCAAUGCAAUCUCCCAGUGGACCGGUCCCGCGGAAAGAGUCCUCGAAAGCCUCUUCUCGGAAACGUCCAAGUUUGAGCUCCACACAUGCCAGCCCGCAGCUGCGCCCCAAGAUCAGCCCCAGCAUCCAGCCCCUCGUAAAAGGCGGCGAGGGUAUGUCCCAUGAUGCUCUUUACUUGGCAUCAAAGUCAAACUACCAGCACAUUCUUGAUGGCACUCUUCCGUCUGGAGUUUCCUACCCGGAGGCUCUGGCCGAGAACCUCAGUUCCAAGCGCACAAAUCACAAGCUUGCCGAGCAGGGCCGCCGGAAUCGGAUCAACAGUGCAUUGAAAGAGAUCGAGCUCCUCAUCCCGAAAGACUUCAUCGACGCACGAAACGCCAAGGAGACUGCAGAAUCCGGGAACAAGCCCGUCGACAAGGAGAAAGAAAAAGAAAAGGCCAAUCAAACCAUCAGCAAGGCCACCGCCGUAGAGAUGGCCAUUGACUACAUCAAAGCCCUGAAGAUGACCUUGGACGCAACCAGCGCCAAACUGGCAGUGGCGGAGGCCAAAUUAUCAGACGACUCGAAGGUCGCGGUCACAGGCGGGGCAUCAACUGCCCAAAAGGAGGAUGCAAGUGAAUCCAAGUGA